CCUUUCACUCCUCAAAAACCCGCCUAUUUCUUGUCACUUUUCGCCCUGAACCGAAGCUCACCAACACCCAACUCUCUCUCUCUCUCCAGGCGGACCUCGCCGGAAUACCGCCCCUCUCUCACCGGUAAAUCAACUCCGGCGGCAUUUUUUAAUAGCAAGACAGAAUAUACAGCUAGUUCGUUUCUCCUGCUAAGUUAACGAGAAAGUAGAUUGACAGACUGGAAGGCAAUUCUCUCUCUCUCUCUCUCUCUCUCUCUCUCUCUCUCUCUCUAAAUCAUCGUUUUGUGGUUCAACGAUACGAUUGGCUUGUUUACUGUGCUCUCAGGUAAAUUUGAGUUCUGAUCGUUUUGCAGCUGCGUGUUGCUUGCGGAGUUAAACCAGUGGUUAAUUUUUAUUUAUUUUUACUCUUCCAAAACGAGAUCAAGUUACCGAUUCUUUUUUGUGGUUUAAAUCAUGUUUUCCUCCUUCUACAUGCUUGUAUAUAUGCAUAUGUUAUAUGUGGAGUGGAAUUAUGCUUUUCUGAAGCUGUACUUACUUUUGGCAAAUUACUAUAGUAAUGCGUAAAUUUAAACAGUGGAGAGGGGUUUGGCCUUCAUGAUGGUUCCUUUUUUUGGAAUUUUCUCUUUAAGCUUUGAAUUUUAGUUUCCAGUUUUAAUUUGCGGAGUGAAUUGAGAAGAAGUAAACUGAAAUAGAAUUGCGAUUUUCUACUUUGUGAGUUUUCUUAGAUGUAAUAAUAAAAAACCUACUGGACCCCACUUCAGGGCAUUUGUGAGGCUCAAUUGGGUUAGUACUUGUUUUCUAAACCUACUCCUCAGGAAUCAAAGUGCACGGUAAUGUUUUGGUUAAAGGUUGGUAAACAAGAGUUUUUUUUUUUUUUUCUUUCUUCUUCCCAUUUUCAGGCACUGUACGUUUUAUAUGCAAAAUGCUAGUAGUUGCUUAUUAUGGGCACUGAGCAGGAGGUUGGAUUUUGGAAGCCACAAACUAUGCGGUAUUGCCAAGAGGAAAAUGUUCAAAUGGCUCUCAGCAAGUCAGCCAUCUCAUCACCAUUGGAAAAUCUUUUCUCUGCUGGUGCACUGUCAGGUGAUUGGUUGCAGCAGCUUCAACCAUCUCAAGGAGCCCGGGACUGCAAAGUGAAGUACCGCAUUGGUGGAUCGGAUGCAAACCCAAACUUGUAUUUUGAGUCAGUGUGUGGCAGUGGGGAAACAAAUAAGCCUACAUUUAAGGGGACUCAACCUGGGAAUAGUAUUUCAAGUAUGUCGUCUGAAGUUUUUGGCAGAAAAUUGGGCUUGUCACUGAACAAUUUUCCGUUUCACAAAUCUGCUGCUGAUACUGUUGCUUCUAGCCACGAGGAAGAGGAACCCUUUGGAUCCAUGGAAGAAAUGGAGGCACAAACCAUUGGAAAUCUUCUUCCUGAUGAAGCCGAUCUAUUUUCUGGAGCAAUUGAUGGGUUGGAAUAUAAUUGUGAUGCCAAGGGAGGUGACGAUGCUGAAGAUUUUGAUCUAUUUAGCAGUGUUGGAGGUAUGGAACUAGAAUUAGAUGGCACGUCAUGUGCUGGACAAACUGAUUCGAAUUUUACUUCGGAAGUCUCUGAUGGUUGGGGGAGUUCUAAUGGCUCACUUUCUGGUACACAUCCUUAUGGUGAAACCCCUUCUAGAACACUUCUUGUGAGAAACCUCAGUAGCCAAGUUGAAGAUUCUGAACUAAUGGUUCUUUUCAAGCCAUAUGGUGAUAUCCGAAAUCUGCACACUGCAUGCAAGCAUCGAGGAUUUGCAGUGAUUUCUUACUUUGACAUACGGGCAGCUACGAAUGCAAUGAGGGCUCUUCAGACUAAACAGUUGGGGCAUCGGAAACUUGACAUUCACUAUUCGAUCCCAAAGGAUAACCCUUUGGAAAAAGGUAUUAGCCAGGGGACGGUUGUGGUAUUUGGCCUCAAUACUUCAUUCUCGGAUGAUGAUCUCCACCGCAUCUUUGGAAUUUAUGGAGAGAUCAAGGAAAUCCGUGAAGUUCCCCUCAAGUUUUAUCACAAGUGCAUUGAGUUCUAUGAUGUUAGAGCUGCAGAAGCUGCUUGUCGUGCAUUGAACAAGUGUAAUGUUGCUGGGAAGCCAGCCGGAAGGCAGUGUUUGAUGCAAAGCUGCUCUGAGUUGGAGCAAGAUAAAGUUGGUCUCUCCAUUGGUUCUAAUGAUAUUACGCCAUCAGAAAGCACGCGUCAUGCGACUCUUAGUACAUUAACUGAAAAUGUGCUCAGUCAUGGGAGUUUUAGUGGUCUGAACUCCUUGCAUUCUCCACUGAGUGUGGAAUCUUCCAGGAGCCACUAUGGCCUCCAUAAGCCCUGCCACUCUAUGGACCAACUGAAAUUCAGUAGCAAAUGCAUUCCAAGUUCCCUUCAGCAUUCCUUCCCUGAUAGUCAAGAUAAUUUCAAGAUAUCUCUUCCACGCAACUGUCCAAGUACUGUUGCAAACAUGGCUGGCGAUAUUGGUUCAAAAUUAUCAGGUAGAAUAAAUGGCAGUCACACCAGUAUGGUGGUCUCAAAUGGGCAGCGAGUGGAACUUAAUGGUGGAGUUUCUGGCUCUUCUGGGAAUGCCACCUGUCCUGUACAUAGACAUCAUUGGAGCAACUCCAAUCCGUUCCAGCGUCACCCCUCGAGUCUCAUGGCUUGGCCAAGUUCUCCGUUGUUUUCCAGUCAUGUUAAUGCUCCUUUUGCACCACAACUGCCUGCAUUUUCUGGAAUGUCACCUGAGUUGCUGAAAAAUACAUUUUCACCUCCACAUCACCUCCAUGGUGGAUCGGCCCCAUCUAGUAGCCCCUCGCUUUUGGACAGACGACAUAUUUACACAGGGGAAUCUCCUGAAGAUUUGGCUUUUGGCUUGGGUUCAUUAGGAGGUGUGGGUUUCCGUGGUAGUUCUCCACUUCAUCCAUUGGGAAGAGCUUCCCAUGUCGUUUCUCGCUCUGUUGAAACUUGGGUGCAGAAGUCUAAAGUUGAUGCAUUGCACUCUCCUCGCCAGAUGCCUGAUAAAAACACAGUUACUCCAUUGCCAACCUCAUUUGGUUAUCCUUAUGCAUGCGGGAGAAACCUCUCACACAGGCGUAAUCAAGGCGGUUCCAGUCACCCGGACAAGAAGCAGUUUGAACUUGACACUGAGCGCAUAUUGCAUGCAGAAGACAGACGGACAACAUUGAUGAUAAAGAACAUACCCAACAAGUACACAUCAAAGAUGCUUCUGACUACAAUCGAUGAGCACUGUCGAGGAACUUAUGAUUUUAUUUACUUGCCAAUUGAUUUCAAGAACAAAUGCAAUGUUGGUUAUGCAUUCAUCAACAUGAUUGACCCACUCCAAAUUAUCCCUUUUUAUAAGGCAUUUAAUGGCAAAAAAUGGGAAAAGUUCAACAGUGAAAAGGUGGCUGCUCUUGCAUAUGCUCGAAUUCAGGGGAAAUCUGCUCUUGUCGCCCAUUUCCAAAAUUCAAGCUUGAUGAAUGAAGAUAAACGUUGCCGCCCUAUUCUUUUUUGUACCGAUGGUCCAAAUGCUGGUGAACAGGAGCCAUUCCCCGUUGGGACUAAUAUCCGGUUGAAGGCUGGCAAAGCUCGAAGCAGUGUCAUUGAGGAGAUCGACCUCCAAGGGAGCCCUUCGUCUUCUGUAAGUGGAGAGGAGUCUCCUAAUAGAUCUGACUCUUCUGGUUCCAUGAAGGAGUCAUACUGAGUAGCCAUUUUUCAAAGCCACAACUGCUAGAGGCGUUUUCAUAGGUCACAAUUAUGUCCACCCCAAUUCUGUAUUCCAGGGGUGCCUUGACAUUUCUUUUUGGUGAAAACCAAUUUUGAAACCUGCGCGUAACAGUUCUUGGUUCUGUGACAAUUUCCACUUCAGAACCAAAUGAGUUUUGAGGACUGGCUUGACAGGGUCAAGAUUUUGGAUGUUUUUGAGUGAUAUGAUGUGUACUAAAAUGUAUAGAGCUUCCAAGAAAUACCUUCGUUUGUAGUUUGAACUAAAAGGUCCCUCUUCCAUUUU